CGUGACUGCAACCCCAAACAGCCAGCAAUAAAACAACAAUUUAGCACGGUGGCAUUUUCGUCGAUCUUACAAACUCUAAAUAAACCAACUUAACAAAUCUACAAAAACUUAUUUAAUUUUUUAAAUUAAACAAUGAAUUAAAUAAAUAAUUCCCUGCACACUAUCGAAAAUCAUAUAAAUAAUGUUUCUGUGAGUUUAAACAAACCUAAAACAAAACAACAAACCACUUGAAACAAACCCAAAAACAUGGACGAAAAACUUAAAUAUUCUCUUCUCCGAGGCGAUCUUGUCGACAAUCAGAGCGUUUGGACAAGACAUGAGAAACGUGUCUGGUUUUUUACACUGCUUACAGGCACCUGUAUGCUUUAUUCGACGAGAACAACAAUGCCACUUCUAGUGCCUUCGGUUGCUGCCGAACAAAAAUGGAGCAAAACCGAUUCUGGAACUGUGCUAAGUUCAUUUUUUUGGGGCUAUACAUUAACACAAGUUGUUGGAGGAUAUUUUAGUGAUAAGUUUGGCGGGCAACGUGUGAUAUUAUUUGCUGCUUUGGGAUGGUCAUUGAUAACAGCAUUUAUGCCAAGUAUUAUUUAUGCUGCGCCAAGCUUCAAAUCUUAUUCCAUUCCAUUUAUUGUAACAAUACGAAUAAUCAAUGGAGCCUUUCAAGGGGUCCAUUUCCCUAGCAUGAUAAGUUUAACUAGUCAAAACCUUUGCUCAAUGGAGCGCACCAGUUUCUUUGGUUUGCUUACAUCCGGCUCAGCCAUGGGUACCCUACUAACCGGUAUCCUCGGCUCCUUCGUUCUCGAUUACUUUGGUUGGUCGUCCGUAUUUCGAGUGAUAGGAUUUUUGGGAAUAUCCUGGGCGUUAUUUCUGCGCUACUACACAAUGGCAGGAGAUAGGAAUCGCAUCAUUAAUGUCUCAGUGCCCAGUCGCUUGUGUUCGAAAUCAUCAGAUUCCGUACCGUGGUUAAGAUAUUUUGGCCGUUUAUCAUUUUGGGCGUGUGUCCUUACACACGCUUGUGAAAUGAAUUGUUUUUUUGUGCUCCUAUCAUGGCUGCCAACAUAUUUCCAUGAUACAUUCCCAUUGGCAAAGGGUUGGGUUGUGAAUAUGAUUCCUUGGCUCGCCUUGCCUCCGUGUACGUUCUUCGCCAAAUAUCUCACCACACAUCUGGCUGCAAGGGAAUGGAGCACGUCGAAUGUGAGGAAAAUAAUCCAAAGCCUCUGCUUUGCAUCACAAAAUAUUGCGCUUUUUAUUAUGAGUCGGACGAAUGAUUUUCACACCGCUCUCAUUUGUAUGACUGUUAUUAUAGGUGGUACAGGAUUUCACAAUAAUGCAGUGACAGUUAACCCACAGGACUUAGCUCCAUCACACUCUGGCAGUGUUUUUGGUUUGAUGAAUACAGUUGGAGCGAUACCAGGAUUCUUGGGUGUCUAUUUGGCUGGACACAUUCUCGAGUUGACACAAAGUUGGCCAGCGGUAUUUAGUGCAGCUGCCAUAAUCAAUUUAAUUGGUUGGGUUAUUUUUGUGAUUUUUGGUUCGGCUGAUCCUAUUGUGUGAGACUAAAAAGAAACACAUCAUUCCAAUAGAGAAAAACAAAUUAAUAAAAAUCGAAAGAAACAAAACUGAAACCAACCAACCAAACAACAGACAUUCAGUCAGACCGACAAAUUGUAUCUUUAGAGGCAAAGAUUUGUAACUUUUUGUUUUCACUAGUAUUUUUGUUGUUAUUUUAUUUAUCCCCUUUGUAAUAAGAUUAGACAUGAUUUACACGA